UUUAAAAAUAAAGAUUACAUUAUUAGAAAAUUUUAAUCACAUUUUAAUUAUCUUUUGGAAUUGAUUGUGGAGAGAAAAUGUCUCUAAAAAGCACGUUUUUUAUUUUUAUCACACUUUUUCUAACUAUUUCUGUUGACAAAGGUUUUUCUAUAAAAUGCUGGGACUGUAGAUCGGAUCUGGACCCAAAUUGUGGGGAUCAGUUUACCAAUGUAUCGGUUGUCUUGUCAGAUUGCUCGCUGGUGAGUUCUUAUGAUUGGCAAGGGAAUGAAGUAGAUCCACAUACUUGUUUAAAAAUUGUUCAAAAAGGUAAUGGGAAAACAGUGACAAUUAGAAGAUGUGCAUUUUUAAAUGAAUUUAAUAAUACCAAUAAUGGAGAAUGUACAUGGAAAGAAGGCACUGAUUUUGUUGCAUUGGAAACCUGUAGGCCAAACGAAUGUAAUGUCAAGACUUGUAGUAGCUGUAGCACAGAAUAUUGUUCAUGCAAUAGCAAAGACGCUUGUAAUUCAUCUAUGAAUUUAAAUGUGUCUUGUUAUGUUAAAGUUAGCAUUAUUUUUUUCAUUUGCAGCUGUUAUUUUUCAUAUUUUAUAUAACACAGAUUUUCGUUUUGUAAAUUAUAGGGUAAAAAAUUGUUUUAAUAUUAUUUUUGAGAUUUUAUACCAAAUAAUUUAAAAGUAAUUUUUGAUAUUUGUUUAUUUUUAGAGAUUUUCUAUUUUUAUAUACCCACACUUGUGAUGUAGCUGUAACACAUAAUAUUGUUCUUGCAAUAACAAAGAGGCUUGUAAUUCAUCUAUGAAUUUAAAUGUGUCUUGUUAUGUUAAAAUUAGCAUUAUUUUUUUCAUUUGCAGCUGUUAUUUUUCAUAUUUUAUAUAGAUUUUAAUUUUGUAAAUUACAGGUUAAAAAAAUUGUUUUGAUAUUAUUUUUGGGAUUUUAUGACAAAAAAUUUAAAUGUAAUUUUUGAUAUUUGUUUAAUUUUAGAGAUUUUCUAUUUUUAUAUACCAAGACUUGUAAUGCAGCUGUAGCACAGAAUAUUGUUCUUGCAAUGACCAAGACGCUUGUAAUUCAUCUAUAAAUUUAAAUGUGUCUUGUUAUGUUAAAGUUAGCAUGUGUUUUUUUAUUUGCAGCUGUUGUUUUUCAUAUUUUAUAUAAUGCAGAUUUUAGUUUUGUAAAUUAGGUUAAACAAUUUGUUUUUAUAUUAUUUUUGGGAUUUUAUUCCAAAAAAUUUAAAUGUAAUUUUUGAUAUUUGUUUAUUUUUAGAGAUUUUCUAUUUUUAUAUACCAACACUUGUAAUGUAGCUGUAGCACAGAAUAUUGUUCUUGCAAUGACAAAGACGCUUGUAAUUCAUCUAUGAAUUUAAAAUGUGUCUUGUUAUGUUAAAGUUAGCAUUAUUUUUUUCAUUCGCAGCUGUUAUUUUUCAUAUUUUAUAUAACGCAGAUUUUAGUUUUGUAAAUUAUAGGGUAAAAAAUUGUUUUGAUAUUAUUUUUGAGAUUUUAUAACAAAAAAUUUAAAUGUAAUUUUUGAUAUUUGUUUAUUUUAGAGAUUUUCUAUUUUUAUAUACGAUAACACAUUAUUAUACUUAUAGAAGGAAG